ACUCCAGAAUUUCUAUACUGAACACGACACAUUUUAACUGGUGUGUUCUCCGUAAGUUAAAUAAACUUUGGAGACAAGGUCAAAGAUAAGAAUGGUAAGUCCAACUCUCGUUACGUAUACGACAAGUACACACUGGCAUAAUGAAGAUAAACCGUGGAACAAAAAGCAAUGUAUUCUGGGAACUUUGAAUCAAAAUAUGCGCUGGUUAUUUUACUGAACAUGGCCGUCUCGGUCUCGGGGACAGGACAGAAAUGUUUGUCGUGUUCUUAUACUUCACGGCCGUGGUUCUGUGACAACUUUAUUCACUGUGAAGAAGGAGAGAUUUGCCAUAUCCGGAAAAUAAUGACACGCAACGGCCAUACCCAGUACACUUCCGGCUGCAUCAGCGAUACGAGCUGUUCAGUAGACGGUUCGUUGCAUGGAUCUUUCGGCACGCCGUACGGCCAUGUCACGUGUGUUGAGUGUUGCCAUGGAGAUUUCUGUAACAAUAAAGGAUGUGGAGAUCCAGGACCACCAACACGGGACUCUCGUGGGCCUUUCUGUUUCCAGUGUAACAAUAUGACGUCACCAGCCAACUGUCAGACGCUCGUGUCCUGUAGCUCUGACCAGGUUUGCAGCAUCAAGGACUCACUAACUGGCGCCGGUACCUCUGUCUUCACCAGUGGAUGUGUUUCGCAAAAUACGUGUUCACGUAAAAGAAAGAACACACGUGGUGAGGACCAGCCGUCCAAUCGCUGUCAUUCCUGCUGCUCCACUGACUACUGCAACACUGAAUGUUCCCCUUAAGGAUGUAUACUACCUCGCUAUACCUCAUUUAUAAAAGAGUUCCGCACAAACUGUUGUAUGACUCACAAUUUAGAUGUUAUUUACUAACACUCGAGUAAAUCAGAGGUUUUUAUUGUACCUAGAAAAUUACAGGAGUUAACGCCAACACAUUGCAUGAAAAGAAUGCAUACAAUGUACAUAAUGCACCGUUUAAGGUAUAAUGUUUUUAUUGUGUAUGAUUUCCGCGCAAAAUGAAUAAAUGAAUUUCAGCUUCA